CCUAACUGUCCAUGUUGUGCAGGUGCCUUAGGCUGACAUCUAACACUGCUCACAUCCACUUGUAGUUAUGGAGCUAGAGGACAGCUUGGAGAAUGGCACCAGUGAAAGUGGAGCUCAGAUAAACACCGAGAAAGAUGGUCUACUGAGCCAAGAACAGGAAGACUUGAGUGAAAGAGUUAUCUCCCUGGAAAAAAAGGUUCAGCAGCAGGCGGAUGAGGUUGUGUGCUUGAAAAGUGCCCUGUCUGAUGUAAUUCGGCGUCUCAGUCACCUGGAGGCAGACAAAGCUAUUAAAAACAAUGUGUUGCCGUCCAAACCAAUCUUCAAAGCCACCUCAGCCAAGAAGUCACCUGCGAUGGAGUCCAGACGUCACCUGAGUGCAUUAGACAAUGCCAGUUUGACUCCAGUCAGAAACGGGCAACGGCCGAGGGUCCCCCUCUCGCCAUGCGGGCCACAGUCGAUGAAGAAGUGGUCCUCCCUGUCUAACUCCACAGAACUCAACAACGCCAGUGUCCACUCCGUCAAGAAUUGUCUGGAUACUCCCCCUCCACAAUACCCCUCACCAAUGACCACCACCAUCCCUCCCCUCCUUAUGGAAUUGCCUGGAUACUCCCCCUCUCCACAAUACCCCUCACCAAUGACCACCCACAUCCCUCCCCUCCUUAAGGAAUUGCCUGGAUACUCCCCCUCCCCACAAUACCCCUCACCAAUGACCACCCCCAUCCUCUCCCCUUCUUAA